AAAAAAGAAAUCCAAAUAAAACUGUGGACGGAGAACACCUUCACUUCUUCGGAGCAAUUUCCUAGUCAUUUCCCCGAAGUUGCCUUUCCAGCGUGAAAGCAUUGAUCAGAAGCUCGUUGAGGCCUUUUCUCUCAAACUAGCCGGUUUCACUCGGCUCAUCUGCUUGGAAGAUUUUUUACCUGUGCCAAGUUUCAAUGAUCUGCUAGCUUGUUGGAAAUCUUUCCAUUGGUGAUCGCCCCAUCUCUGGGAGAUAUUGUGAGUCCAAGUGGAACCUAAACUUAUCUAGAAGCUGGACAGUUCUAAGAUAUUGCAACUGAACCUACCCUCACCAUCGGAAAGGGCAAAGUUCGGUACUGCAUCCAGCCUGCUUGUGCUGCACUAAUGUCCUUCCACGUCUGACAUUCCUGCAUAUAUAGUUGUCUCGACGUUUAUCCGUAGAAACUACAGGCUUUGGAGGUUGGAGGGCUUCUUGACAUUGUAGCUCAGGUAGCGCGUCCUGCUAUCAUCAGUCAAAGAGUGUGCGCUGAAGGUGAGGGGAGGUCUGGCCAGUCAAUGAUGGAGGGGGAUGGAACAAGGAUGACCCGGGACUAAAGUAGCAGCGGAAUCGUUAUCAUUGUUUGUUCAUCCAUUUCGCCGGAGAAUGCUGCUCCAAAGUAACCUGGAACUAUCCAAAGUCAAUCAAUUCUGAGAUUAUGGAGAUCCAGCGGACCCUUUUUUAAUAUAUUUCUAAGCCCUUGGGAUAAGAAAAAUUAGCAAGGCCUUUCCCACAUUACAGCUGUGCCAUUGCCAGUCUGCAUUCUUCACUAGUAGACCAGUGAGUGAAGUUGCCUGAGGGUUAGUAGCUGGCAUGGAUAGGCCAAAGGGGGGUAAGCCACCGGAUAAGUUCUGGGAAAAAGUUGACAAAGUCAUAUCGAAUGAAGGUGAAGGACCUCGAUGGAAGUGUAGGUUCUGCGACGGGAAAUUUUCCGGGGGAGCUUCCAGGAUAAAGGCGCAUUUGGGUAAGGUUGAAGGCAAAGGAAUUAAAGUUUGUGGAGGUAGAGUUGAUGAAGCUACGGUGAAAGAAGCUGGGGAGGCUCUCGAAGCGUGGGAAUCAAAUAGAAAGAGUCCAAAGAGGAGAAGGAUAGAAAAUGGAACCGAUACAGCUCAAGUUAACCCACAGUCGGUUGGCCAAAGCACCCCAAAUGCACCACCGCAGGGGAGUCUGUAUGCCAUCCAGACAACAGGCCCACCUUGGCAAUUUGCGCAAGACGACAGCUCUCAUUUGUGCAGGAGUCUUAGGGAAUCUGAUAUCAGAGCAUUAGAAGAUUUCUUGGAUGAAACAGAGGUGGAAGGUCCAUCAAAUGCUCAAGGGGACAUCAAUAACCGAAAUAAUAUGCCAUGCCCAGGCUUUGAGACUAGAGAAGCUGACUGAUCGGGUUCGCAUCAGCACGACACUCUCCCACCACCACACAUGCGGCCUGUGUUGGAGGAUCAUUGUAGUUCGAUGGUACAUGACCUGCAAGAUGAAAAUGCAAAUGCACCAUCAUGCGAUAUCCAAUCCUUGCAACCAGAUAUUUCUGUUCGGCUACCCAUUAACGCUCGACCAUCUCUUGCUGAAGGCACCCUCAAUGUACCACUGCAGGGGACGACAGAGGCUAAUAUCUCUGAAGACAACCCAGUGCAAGAUAAGCCCGAUGACAACAUUGUGCUCGAGCAACCCAAUCAUUUUGAUCCGACACAAACUGAUCCAGAUCCCAACACUGAAGCCAAUGAGGACAUUGAUUCUUCUGCGCUGAACUUGGUUGCACAGCGUGGGAUGUUAGCGCCCAAAUUAGUGGGUCGAGACCAGAUUGUGGAUGAGCUCUGGGGUUACUUAACAACAAAUGAUAUAUUACGCAUCGGAGUCUAUGGGAUGGGCGGAGUGGGGAAAACCACAACCAUGAAACACCUCUAUAAUAAAGUGCAUGGCAGUGCUGCCUUUGAGAAUGUAUUCUGGGUCACGGUGUCAAAAGACUGCAGUAUCCCCGAGCUUCAAAAUAAGAUUGCCAAAGCCAUCGAGGUUCCUGACCUCUUCAAGGAUGUUGACGAAGGGAUGAGGCCAACAUUGUUGUUCAACCAUUUGAGCGAGAAAAAGAAGUGUCUAGUUAUUUUAGAUGAUAUGUGGCACCAUUAUGAGCUUGUAGACGUUGGUAUUCCAGUCAAGAGAUGGUGUUCGGCUGGUCCUAACAACGCGAGAUCUUGGUGUUUGCAAAAAGAUGUUGUGUCAAGCGGAAGUUGGACUUCGACCUUUAUCUGAUGAAGAAGCAUGGGCAUUGUUUGUACAGACACUUGAUGGUCCUGAUCUACCUCCUAGUCAGAAACAUGUUGCUGAGGAUAUUGUUAAGGAGUGCAAAGGCUUGCCGUUAGCUAUUGUUGUUAUGGCGGGAAGCAUGAGGGGAGAGGUCGAGGAUCAUGUGUGGGAAGCCACGCUGGAAAAUUUAAAACAACCAGGAGUUCUGCAACAGAGUAUGAAAGAGGAUGUUUUUCCGAUUCUGGUGCAGAGUUACAACCGCCUGGAGGAGAAGAAGCAGCGAUGUUUUUCACUGUGUGCUCUAUAUCCCGAAGAUUGGUCAAUCCCUAGACCAGAACUGAUAGAACUUUGUAUUGAUGAGGGGGUGAUUCGGGAGGAUAGGAGGCGGAAGAUGUAUAACGAAGGGCACAGAUUAUUAGAUGAACUUGAAAAGGCGUGCCUCUUGGAGGCAUGUGGUUUUGGCAGUAGCAAAGCAGUUAGGAUGCAUGAUGUGAUUCGGGAUAUGGCACUGCACAUCAUGAACGCGAACAGCGCCCCAUGGAUGGUGAAAGGCUUGGGUUUGGAAGAUGUGCUGGAUGAUUCUGAAUGGUUGCCUAAUCUUCAGAAGGUCUCUUUGAUGACGAAUGACAUAGAAGCAAUUCCACCCUCUAUAUCACCAAACUGUCCUCAACUCGCAACUCUGUUGUUGAGUGACUGUAGGAGAUUGCAUGAAAUCUCAGAACAAUUCUUUCAGCGGAUGCAGGGUUUGAAGGUUAUUGCUUUGAGUAAGACUAGCAUCACAAAAGUGCCAAAAUCUGUCGGGACCUUGGAAAAGUUGAACGCACUUAUACUCAACGGGUGCUCUCAAUUAUCUUGUAUUUCAUUCUUGGCGAAGUUGACCUCGUUGAGGAAGUUGGACCUCCGAGGGUGUACGAAUAUUAAUGAAGUACCAGAUGGUUUGGGGAUGUUGGUUAAUCUUACAUAUCUCCGCUUAUCUGGCACGGGAAUUAAGAGGAUUCCAGAUGGAGUAGUCUGUAAGUUAAAGAAGCUACAGCACCUUGAAGCGGAUUAUAUUGCAGCGAGGGCAGAAGAAGUUGUAAAAUUGAGGAAGUUGGAGGUACUCCGAUGUCGUUUUGAAAACGUGAAUGAGCUGAAUGAGUACACACUGCAUGCGACAACUCUAGAGUCAUACAUUCUCUUAAUAGGAGAUCGUACAAAUGACUCUGCACUGUACGACUUUUGGCAUGGUUUAUUUCCAUCUGAUUCAGGACUUUCUAAUUGUGGCAAAGUUAUUUUUAUGAAUGUAGUGAGUGAUAUAAGAGAAACUUGUCUUCUGCCGAGAGACGUGGAGGCAUUGGGGAUUAGAGAGUGUGGGAGGAUGUGGAAUAUAUCCAGAUUUAUGGGACUUGAAGAAGUGGGUGGGAGUGGGGGACAGCCAGAAGAGCCAGAGGGACAGCUGGAGGAACGAACUUCUCCACCACCACCAGGAGACCACUUCCCCAGUCUCAAGGAGCUAGAGAUUUUAUACUGUCCAAAUCUGAAGCGUCUGCUGGUGCCCAGACAUAGCUGCAGUUCGUACCUUACGCAACUAGAAAUGCUCAAAAUACGCGGCUGUCACGAGCUGGAGAGUAUGACAGUCAAAGAAGAAUCACUGACAUCAUCAACAUCACCACUGCCACCCGACGCUUUCUCCCAACUCCAAUCAAUUACCAUUUCAAGUUGUGCAAAGAUGAAGAGGGUGCUAACUCUUGAGUUAUUCAUGCUCCUCCCCAACCUCCAGACUAUCAUUGUUGAUUAUUGCGAAGAGAUGAAGGAGGUUAUAGGCGGCCAAGAAUUAGACCACGGAGCCACCAGCAGCUCGUUCUUGUCCCCCAUGCCAGCAGCAUCUCCUGGCGAUCAAUUAAGUACAAGAAAGCUGACCUUGGUGUUGGACUACCUUGAGGAGCUGGAGAGUAUAUGCAGGUGGACCGGACUUCGGGAUCUCAUACAUGUCAUUGUGAUAAGUAGAUGUCCAAAGCUGAAGAGGAUUGAAAUGCUAGAUGAUGCUUCUCCUCCCCCUUCUCUUAAGGAGAUAGUACUAUCAGAAGAUGUGGACAGAGGAAAACGAUGGUGGGAAUCUCUGGAGUGGGUCCAUCCUGAGGCCAAGACUGCCCUUGAACCCUAUGUGUUUGUUGAUACGCUAGACAGAGGAAGAAUUCCUUUACGAGAAUGCCCGUCGGAGGUGGAUUCAUCCGAGGUGGAUUCAUCCGAGGUGGAUUCACCUGAGGUGGAUUCAUCCGAGGGGGAACAAUGAGUAGCAUUGGAUUGCACCAUGAGAUUCCUUAUUAAGCUUGCUGCUGCUGCGGGAGAUUGCGGGAUUGUGGAUAGCUUAAAUGACGGGGAAGUCGGAGAUAGAGAACUGCUGCUUCUGUGAUUGUUGCUAAGGAGAUUCUGAAACAUUUGCUCUUUGAAUUAUCAACAUUUGCUAUGAAGAACUUCUAUAAUAUUUGUGUCUGCCUGCUUUGCUAAAUAUUCUUCAGAUAUUAGAAAAUCAACUAUCGGUGAAUGUCGAAUGUGUCAUUUUGUGGAUGCGGUGAAUUCUGCUGAAUAAAUUUAUUGUUCUUAUA